AUGGCAUCCGUAUGCGUAAACAAUAUCGGAAUUUCGCAAGAGAAGAAUUUCCUGGACUGUUCUAUGGCUAACUAUCCAUCGUAUGGAUGGCCGAGCCCGAGAAUCUCGUUCAGUCGCGAGAUUCCCGAUAAAGAAGCGUCAAAAGUCACCGGAGCUGCACAUUCAGCCGCAUCGGAGAAUGUAGCCGUGGAGAAGCCGGAAGAAUCGGAUACAAAUAUCUCGGGGAAUGACUUCGUGGAUUUCGAGUUCCGACUAGAGGAUCCAAUCAACAUGCUUCCAGCCGACGAGCUCUUCUCUGACGGAAAGCUUGUACCUUUACAUCUCUCUACGAUCCGGCAUUCAAUGAGGGCCGCACCAUUUUCAUCUGAGGUUAAAUUGACUGACUCAACCAAACUUCGCCGGACAAAUGAGAAUUCCGUCACGGAUCCGUACUUAUUUUCACCAAAAGCUCCUAGAUGUUCGAGCCGCUGGAAGGAGCUCUUAGGGUUGAAAAGAAUCUCUCAAAAUAGCAGCACAAAGAACGAGGAGAGCAAGACGACGCCGUCACUGUCAUGCAAACAUAACAAAAACACUGCCAGAAGCUUGAAACACUUUCUUCAGCGAAGCUCAAAGUCAUCGUUAAACGCCUCCAUAGAUUCAUCUUUAAGCCUCCCAUUGCUAAAGGAUUCGGACUACGAAUCUGUGUCGAUUUCUUCUCGGCUCUCGCUUUCUUCUUCUUCUUCAUCAGGCCACGAACAUGAUGAUUUUCCAAGGCUUUCUCUCGAUUCCGAUAAACCAGGUAUGAGUCAUCGUAACUCCCGUAAUCAUUCCAGAGUCCGUGUUGUGAACGCGCCGGCCAGUCGAGUGGGACGGAGCACUAUGCGGAGGGCCCCUGAAGCAACUGUCCCAGCCCGUGGAGUUUCCGUCGAUAGUCCUCGAAUGAAUUCCUCUGGAAAAAUCGUUUUCCAAAGCUUGGAGAGAAGUUCAAGCAGUCCAAGUAGUUUCAACGGUGGGCCCAGAUAUAAAUACAGAGGAGUGGAGAGGUCAUAUUCAGCUAAUGUCCGCAUCACUCCGGUUCUCAACGUACCGAUUUGUUCACUUCGAGGGUCUUCCAAAUCUGGGGUAUUUGGUUUUCCAUUAUUUUCUUCACAACAGAGAAAAGAAGGUGGUUGUAGCAGCAACAAUGGAUGUGGAAACAGGGGACAGAGUCACGUCAAGAACCGCACAGAUCGAAUUUGA